AUGUCGACCGCUCCCUCUGGCCAGCCGUACCGUCUGCUCACCGUCAACAACGCACCCGCGCGCGCCAAGUUGUUGAUUGGACGGGUGACGACGGCCCUUGCCGACCAGUACCAGAUUGUGCAUGUCGGCAAUUGUCUGUCCAAGGACGAGGUCAAGGAGAAGGUGACAGAGUUGAGGCCAGACAUUCUUUGCUGUGCCUCCAUGUGGACCCCCGAAGAGAGCGCCGAGAUGCACAGCAUGGCCCGCUCUGUCCGCCCCGACAUCCACGUGCACGCCAUCCCGCAGGGCCUGCAGGUCCGCGAAGGCCCGGACGCAAUCGUUGCGCACCUGACGGAGGCCCUGCCCAAACUACUGGCAUAA